AAUUUCCUUCUGUAAUACUAAUUGCUCAAAUCUUAAUAACUAUUGUUGGGUAGUGUGUUGAAGGUGAUGAAGAAAUUUUCAUUAUAUUAAUGGGGUUCAAAUUCAGCCAUUUACAUUGUUUAUAUUAGUAGUAGUCCUUCUAAGCCAGCAGCAGCAGAGAAUUUGCAGAAGAUACAAAGAUCUCUCACAGUUCAACUCUGACCAUUUUCGAAGAAAACGGUGGAAAUUUUGCAUCUAACAAGCUUCUCUUAUUCAACCAAUAUUAUAGCAGAAACAGUCCGAGUAGAAAUUCAGCUGCGAGUGGAAGAGAGGAAUAUUUUGCAGUAAAUCAUUCACAUCUAACAUGGCCGUUUCUCUUCCUUCACGAACAAUUGUCUUCCAAACCCAAAGAAACUCCCAGUUUUCAACUGCUCACAUUUCAAACCCUCAAAUUAGUCUCAACACCAAACUCUCUACCCCUACUGAAAAGUCGCUCUCCACUAGAAAUGGAUCUCUUUUUGUAAGGAAAGCUUCAGCAGUAAUUGGUCAGAAUGGGGUCGUAGUAAAUGAGAAGAAAAGGGACGUAAAAAAUCCAAUUGUUGUGAUUGACAAUUAUGAUAGUUUUACAUACAAUCUUUGCCAGUACAUGGGAGAGAUGGGUUGUGCUAUUGAAGUCUACAGAAAUGAUGAACUCACUGUAGAGGAACUCAAAAAGAGAAAUCCAAGAGGGAUUCUCAUAUCUCCCGGACCAGGUACCCCUCAAGAUUCAGGAAUCUCUUUACAAACUGUUCUUGAGCUUGGACCUAUUGUUCCCCUGUUUGGUGUUUGUAUGGGAUUACAAUGCAUCGGAGAAGCUUAUGGUGGAAAGAUUAUUCGUGCACCAUCUGGAGUUAUGCACGGCAAAAGCUCUCCGGUGUUUUAUGAUGAAAAAGGGGAGGAUGGUCUGCUUGCAGGUUUACCAAACCCUUUCACUGCUGGUAGAUAUCACAGCCUUGUGAUUGAAAAUGAAAGCUUUCCUGGUGAUGAAUUGGAGAUUACAGCAUGGACCGAAGAUGGAUCGAUUAUGGCUGUCAGGCACAAGAAGUAUAAGUAUCUUCAGGCUGUUCAAUUUCAUCCGGAGAGCAUCAUAACAACUGAAGGGAAGACCAUUGUACGCAACUUUGUGAAACUGGUUGAGAAAUUUGAGAACGCCUGAAGGAAAGUGCAAGCUGUGAAAUGUCUACAAUUAAGUAAGUUACUGCAUCAAUUCUAUAUAUUUGUCGUGUGUCUAGAACUUCUUUAUGUUUUCUUUUCAAGGUUUGUAUCAGAAUUCACCUCCCUAUUAGAGAGGCAUUUACAAACAGAGUAAAGAAACUAGAAAGCAUUUGUAGAACUUCUGUCAAUUAUCUAAGCCCUGAGUCAUUAAACUCUCAACUGCAGCAUUAUUAGCUACUUUCUUAUA